GAGCCUGCGCAGCAAAAGGCCAAGGCCAAGGCAAAAGCCUCGGAUGGUGCCGGGCCGCGCCCGGGUGCUGCGACCGCCUCCGAUGAUGCCGGGCUUCCUGGUGGGUUGGAGGCUCCCCCGGCUGACGACCUCGAGGAGCCCGCUGCGGAGACUGGGGAUGGCAAGGAGAAAGCUGCGGAGGCUGGGGAUGGCCAGGAGAAAGCUGCGGAGGCUGCGGAUGGCAAGGAGAAGCCGGCUCCGAAGGCUCCUAAGGUUGCCGGCAAAGCGUCGGGCUCGAACUUCGCAGGGCGAACGCCACCGAAUACCCCGCCCUACUCCACCCGCUUCCAGUGCUGCAAAAAAACCUGGGUCGAGAAGAUUCAUCCGCAGAUCAAGCCCGGACACUAUCAAAAGUCCCAGGUGCACUGGUGGAAGUAUGUGCUCGCGAACAUGGACCUGGCGGUCUGUGUCACGGAGCAAGAAAUCCAGACCCGCGUGGACGAGCUCGUGGGUCUCUACGUUGUGCCAUAUGAGCAAAAGCUGCACACAGGGCCGUAG